CCCCCCGGAGGGCUAGGCUUCCCGACGUCACAGCGCGGCGACGCGGCCGGUGUGUUCCGCCCGCUCGGGAGCGCCAUGUUCAAGGUAAUUCGGCUGGGGGCCACCCCUGUUAGCCUGAGCUUGCUCUCUAUCCAGGUUUAUGCUUCCUCUUCAGAGAAGGAGACUUCCAAAAAGGAGUUGCUGAAAAUUGAGGAGCUGUCACUCUACUCCUCUCCAGCUCGUGAGACUAAAUAUGUGGAGAAUCCACAAACCCAAUUGGAAGAGGGGGUUUCACGUUUACGGCAUGUUAUGGAGCCAUAUACAGCCUGGUGUCAGGAUCUUUAUGCCAAAGCUAUGCCCAAAUUAGAAAAAGCUGUUGAGCAUGGUAGAGAGGGCUGUGAAUUUCUCCAAAACCCCCCUGCUGGAUUUUAUCCAAGGCUUGGUGUGAUAGGUUUUGCUGGAAUUGUUGGAUUGUUCCUUGCUAGAGGCUCAAAAAUAAAGAAGUUAGUGUAUCCUGCAGGUCUCAUGGGUAUUGGUGCCUCCAUGUAUUACCCUCAGCAAGCGGUUGCUAUUGCAAAGGUUGCUGGUACACAGCUGUAUGACUGGAGUCUUCAGGGAUAUAUUGCUGUAGAAUCUCUUUGGAAGGAUAAUCCUAAGAAGAAGAAAUCUGGGGAAAAAACUGAUAAGUGUGAUGCAGAUGGUAACAAGCCCCUGGAAAUCCAUGCUGCGACAAAUGAAAAGCGAGCGCAGAAGUAGAACACCACAGCACUUGGAAUCAAACAGACUCCGGAUUUAGAAAACUGCACCAAUUUUUGAUUCCAUGCAUCAUCACUAGUCACAAAUGUUUGCCGAUGUGAUGGAACACACACAUCUGCUGAGCAACAGCGUUCCACUGUUACAUGGUCAGCUUUAAAAGCAAAACUAGUUUCUAAUGUUGUGUUUCUCUUAAUGUGUUUUUAAUUGCUUUAGCUAACUCUCACAAGGGCAAAAAGGUAUGUUAGCUGGCUCAUUUACUGAGUGCAUUAGGUAUUUCUUCAGACAUAUGAAUAUAAAGUCUUUAAGAAUACACGUUUUCCAAGUAUUUUAUAAAAGAUCCACAUAAAAUAAAAAUUAAAAAACCAAACAGGUGGGGUUUUGAGUAAAGAUACCCAGGAGAACCAAGAGGAAGAAAAACUUAUGUAAAAUUCACUAAAAUAUUGUACUCACUGUGAACUAGGAUAGAGUUACUAAAUGGUAAACAGCCAGGAAAAUUGAACUUUUGUUUAUGUAUGUGGGACACUGUACAGAUAUCAAGGUUCAUUACAAACAGAAGUCUGUAGAUAGCUCUUAUUUUCUUGUAGCAUUUCUUACUAUGUGAAUAUAAUUCCUGUUAGGUCUUUAUUCACUUUUUGAAAUGUUGGUGAUUUUUGCUUGACUCACAUUUUCUUUUUGUGAGAGUGGGGUGUGGAGGAGGGGAAAAAACCAAAAGCUAUCAGGAAGACAUAAUAAAUAUGGUAUCCAGACCCUAUCCCAGUCUUAAGGAUUUUAAUCAUAAAUAUACUCAUGCUAUAUAAGUAAGUUUUGAGGAAAACCUCACAGCUGUUGUUGCAGAUGUUCUACUACGGGGUAUUUUUGUUUUAAAGAGCGAAGAUACAUGCUCAGGUGCUUAAAGUACCUGAAUGCUGCUGGUUUUGAAAUCUACUUGCUUUGCCACAUGUUGUUUCUGGAGGAGUUACAUACAUGGAACUGCUGGAUUUUUGACCUAGAGCAACCAGAUGGUGAAAGUUCAAUUCAGUAUCAAUUUUCAGCUGUUCUGUGGGGGUGGCGAUUUGUUGCUUCUGCUUGAAAUCAGAUCCAGUUAUUUAACUUCAUACCCAAGUCCAGAUGUUUUGUUGAAUUUGGGUGAUCCCAAAGGUUGGAGAAUGCUGCUGCUAUCUUUGAAAAGACAUAUUUGUUUAUUCUGAACGAGAUCAGUCCUGAAAGUCUCACUGUAUUUUCAACUGCUGGCAAUAAUCCUAGUUAAAUGUGGUUACUAAAAUAAAGACAAUCUAAUUUACCUCAACGAUUUGCCACAGCACAGGUCUCUGAAUUGUGGAUGGUCAGUCAAGGACAAACUGACUUUGGAUUGGAGACAGUAACAUAUUUCUCCAUUCCAAAAACCAGCAGCAUCACACCUCCUCUAUUGUAGUAUGUUUGUCAUCAACAAUUAUAUGCAAACUUCAGCUCAAACCACAUCCCUUCGUGGGAGAAGCAAGCUUUAAUUUUAUCCAGCUGUUGUGCAGAAGAGGUGCACAGAAAUGACACAGCGUAGUGUUUUUCCAUGAAGAUAACAUUAUGUCAUUUUCACUCUGUUCAGGUUCUAUAUUUAUGUAAUUCCAUUUCUUUGAGUGAAAUUACUCCAGCUUUACAUCACAGUAAGGGAGAUUAGGAAAAAAUGCAUUUGAUGGGAAUUUUAAAAUCAUUAUUUUUGAGGAAGUUAGUUUAUUACAGAAGAUUCCAGUUGGUGUUUUGUUGCUGUGAAGAGUUCUUUCUGUUUUGUAUUUGCAUACAAUUCAGCUGUAGGAAUUGAGAUCUCUAGGGCAGACAUAAUCAUUAGUGCUCUAAUGUCAGUAAUAUGAAGAGUGAAAUAUCUUUACUUAGAAGUAAAUCGGUAUUGAGGAUGUUCCUCAAGUAGAUUUUGAUCAACUUGCCACAUCAAAAGAAAACAGUUUUUAUUGCACUUUGACAAUGGAAACAGAAGGCCUAUGAUAUUGUAAUUCUGCUUUCUCCCUCCUUCCCUCUCCCGCUUAUCCUCUGUCCCCUUUCUUUGG